UUUUGAUUCAGUCAGGACAGUUUGAUGCUCUGACCUAUUACAGCCAGGAUAUAACAGUUUCUUGUUCUGAUUUGAAAGCUUUGAGUCUCAUGACAGGGAAAUGAAGUGCCACGUGUUCGCAUUGACAACCAUUCUUGUGACGUCACUGGUGCAUUCUGCAUGUUCCAAAGACGACAACUUGAAGACAUUUACAAACGAGCAAUGCAACAAAGCCUGCCGAGACUACAUGUACGAAUGCAUUGGGUCGCUGACCCCAGGGAAGAGCGCAGAGGAUUGUAUCUCAGAUGCUGGGUCAUGUUACGGGGACUGUUUGGUGGACAGUCCACCAUCGCCAAUUCGGAAUUGCUACACUGGAUGUCAAAUUGCCAACAGGGAAUGUCUUAGGGGCGACUGCCAGGAGAAAGCUUGCACAAUGGCUUGCAAAUUCCAGAAAAAGGCGUGCAAAGCAAAGUGCGUUCGGAUGUACCGGUUGAAGCAAGAGUUAGUAGGUGGCGUGAUCAAGCCGAAAAAUGACUGAUGAUGGAAGAAGGCACGUCAUGUAUCAUCUUGACCACCAAGGUUUUUGCAUCUUAUCAAUAUUAAAUUUACCCCGGCUAAAAGGGUGCAUAGAUCAUGAGGUUUAAUUAGGCCUGAUAUAACAUAGUAGGAUUAAAUCUGAUACAGACAAGGACAGUUAUAAUUCGCUGAUAAAACUGUUAUUUGAAAAAUUACAGCGUUUCAAUUAAUAUUCUAAUAUUGAAAACUGACAAUAAAAUCUUGAUAAGAUUACUGUAUUUUCAAAAAGAAUGUGAAACACAUAUACAUGUAUCUGGAAAAUAGAAGCCCAUGCAACAGCGAAAAAAAGUUAAUUUCUUCAGAAGGCCACUUUUGUGCGUUAAGUCAUUCCGGUGACGUUCCAUUCCGUUUAAUUUGGUAGUAUGUACAAGUUGAAAUAAACGAACCAAAAUGAAACAAGCCAAACUAAACGAACCAAAUAAACAAUCCAAACAUGAUAUUGGAGAUCAGGUUCAGAUUUUAUAUGAUUGCAAGCGUUAGGUUGAUAUUUGCAUAAAAUGAAAAUGCACUUUUAUUCACUAAGGCCAACUUAAUUUGGCUCGUUUCAACUUUUAAGCUCGCCAA